AGUGGUACAGGAUGUGAGUCCUGUAUAAAUGCCUGGAGAGUUUGUGCGCUGGCACUUUCAACAGAACACACUCAGGAUGACUGGACUUCAAAGAAGCAUUCUUCUCGGACUUCAGAUCCUGGUCCUGUUAAUCGCGCUUGAUGGAGGAGUAGCCUACACUUCCAAACGCCCUACUACCACAAAACGCCCCACUACUACAAAAUGCCUGACUACCACCCCCAAAAAAUCCACUACUACCUGCACGAAGAAAACCACCACCGGCAAAACCACCACCACCACCACCCAACCAACAACAACUCCCAAUCCUCUACAGUGCGCAUCACUAGAUUUCAAGAAUUUGCAGACCAAGUGCUGCUCUUCGCCUGCAAAAGAUCUGCUUGCUAGCUCGUACAACAAGACAAUAGAAGACACUUGCCAAACCCCUGGCGUCGACAACUCUGUGUUUAAUGUGUUUGCACUCAACGACCUGCUGAAUAGUUUGAAAAGCGACAUCGUGAACCUAAACGAUAUUUACAACUUUGCAGUGCAAUUCAACCAAUCUGCUUGCUACAUUCUAUGCUACGUCUUACAAAUAGGAACUGCUCAGAGCAUUGGAUCUAUUCAAGCGUUGACCGCCCUGCUGAUCGCAAAUCAAGACCCCGCUGGCCCCUGGGAUGAGAUUAUUAGUGCGGCAGUUAGCGAGUGCGUGACCGUGAUACUCAAGUUGCCCCUGCAAAUAUUGCCAUCUGCCUUGAGAGUGUGCCAACCGGUUGUUGGACUCGUAGUUCAGUGUGUUUUGGCAACAAUCGUUGACAAAUGCCCAUCAAGAGUAACGAGCGCUAGCUGCAACAGUGACUACGCUCUUUAUGAUCAGUGCAAACAAUUGACCAUGACCACGAAUGCAACUACCGGUGCAUAAGGUGUUAAAUGCACUUCCCUCAAAUUAAUUGGAAUAUAGUAUGUUUGGCUCUAGAUGGAAGAAUAAAUUGUUAAUAAAUAUAUGAUAUGAUCGGAACCAAGA